GGGCCGCGGGGGCCGGCGGCCGGGCGGUAGCGGCGCGGCAGGGCGCGGUGAUAGCGCGCGGGAGUCCUGGCGCGUUCUGCGGUCGGGGCCGGGGGCGGGGAAUUGAGAGAUCCCGAGGCUGCGGGUCCGUUUUACUCCCGGCAGCGAGCGCGAGGCCAGGGGCGCCCCGGACACGCUCCUUUCGCGGCCGCGCCCCGCCCCCUCCGUAUUCCGCACGCCGGGCGCCUCUUCCUCGUCCUCCUCCUCCUCCUCCGCCCCCUCCCUUCCCCGACCUGCGCACGCGCCGGCCCAGUCCCCGCGAGAAGAUGAACUUGGAGCGGCUGCGGAAGCGCGUCCGCCAGUACAUAGACCAGCAACAAUAUCAAAGUGCUCUAUUUUGGGCUGACAAAGUAGCCUCAUUGUCUCAUGAGGAACCACAAGACAUUUAUUGGUUGGCCCAGUGUCUUUACCUGACUGCUCAGUACCAUAGGGCAGCACAUGCCCUUCGCUCGCGUAAACUAGACAAGUUAUAUGAAGCAUGUCGAUACCUUGCUGCUAGGUGUCAUUAUGCUGCAAAGGAACACCAGCAAGCUCUUGAUAUCCUUGAUAUGGAAGAACCAAUUAACAAAAGAUUAUUUGAAAAAUACUUGAAAGAUGAAAGUGGACUAAAAGAACCUUCUAAUGACUGGGAAAUGUCCCAGUCUUCAAUUAAGAGUUCUAUUUGCCUUUUACGAGGAAAGAUCUAUGAUGCUCUAGAUAAUCGAACCUUAGCAACUUAUAGCUACAAAGAAGCCUUGAAGCUUGAUGUCUACUGCUUUGAAGCAUUUGAUCUUUUAACAUCACACCACAUGCUGACAGCACAAGAAGAAAAAGAGCUACUUGAAUCUCUACCUCUUGGCAAGCAAUGCACAGAAGAACAAGAAUUGCUGCGUUUUCUUUUUGAGAAUAAGUUAAAGAAGUAUAAUAAGCCUAGUGAAACUGUCAUUCCGGAAUCUGUAGAUGGUCUGCAGGACAAUCUGGAUGUGGUAGUGUCUUUGGCAGAAAGACAUUAUUAUAACUGUGAUUUCAAAAUGUGCUACAAGCUGACUUCAGUAGUAAUAGAAAAAGAUCCUUUCCAUGCAAAUUGUUUGCCGGUGCACAUAGGGACUCUUGUGGAACUGAAUAAAGCAAAUGAGCUUUUCUAUCUUUCUCAUAAAUUGGUGGAUUUAUACCCUAGUAACCCUGUAUCUUGGUUUGCGGUAGGAUGUUAUUAUCUAAUGGUUGGACACAAAAAUGAACAUGCCAGAAGGUAUCUCAGCAAAGCCACAACACUUGAAAGAACCUAUGGACCUGCAUGGAUAGCGUAUGGACAUUCAUUUGCAGUUGAGAGUGAGCAUGACCAAGCAAUGGCGGCUUACUUCACGGCAGCACAGCUGAUGAAAGGGUGUCACUUACCAAUGCUGUAUAUUGGAUUAGAAUAUGGUUUGACCAACAAUUCAAAGUUGGCUGAGCGAUUUUUCAGCCAAGCUCUAAGUAUUGCACCUGAAGAUCCUUUCGUUAUGCAUGAGGUUGGAGUGGUUGCAUUUCAAAAUGGAGACUGGAAAACAGCCGAAAAAUGGUUUCUUGAUGCAUUAGAAAAAAUUAAAGCCAUUGGAAAUGAGGUAACAGUUGACAAAUGGGAACCUUUGUUGAAUAACUUGGGCCAUGUAUGCAGAAAACUUAAAAAGUAUGAAGAGGCAUUAGAGUACCAUCGUCAAGCCUUAGUGCUGAUUCCUCAGAAUGCUUCUACCUAUUCUGCCAUAGGUUAUAUACACAGCCUAAUGGGCAACUUUGAAAGUGCAGUUGAUUAUUUUCACACGGCCCUUGGACUUCGGAGAGAUGAUACAUUUUCCGUUACCAUGCUUGGGCAUUGCAUUGAAAUGUACAUUGGUGAUUCUGAAGCUUAUAUUGGUACAGAGAUCAAAGACAAAUUGAGGUGUUAUGAUUUUGAUGUACACACAAUGAAGACACUGAAAAACAUCAUUUCACCUCCAUGGGAUUUCAGGGAAUUUGAUAUAGAAAGACAGACUCUAGAAGAAACUGGGCUUAUACCAUUAGAAACAUCACAUCAUUCAAGGAAGAACACAGAUUCUAGGCCUCCAUUGGAAGAAACCUUUGAAAUUGAAAUGAAUGAGAGUGACAUGAUGUUAGAAACUUCCAUGUCAGACCAUAGUACGUGAUUCAGAGCCCUGGUCGAAAUUUCAUUUUGUCCUAAUAUGUUAGUAUUUUGUCACAUCCUUGUCAUGUUUGAAGAAUUUGCUAUUUUUUUAUAUGAAUCCAAACUACAUCUCUACAUCUAGCAGCGAAGAACUAAUGCCUGCCUUAAAAGACUGGAUAGCACACCUUCACAACAGAUGGUUUUCCAAUUUUACUGAUUCUAAAAAAAAGUUACACAUUAUGGAAUAAAGAAGGUAAACCAUCUUAUGUUUUUUAAACUGUAAUGAGACCCUUUGACUGCUAUUAAAACUGUGAUAAAUACUAAGAAAUUAAUAUGAAAUUGUUUACAGUACGUAUCAAAAUUAAUUUAAAACAGCUAAAGGUUGUUAUAGUGUUAAGGCUACCAAACUUAUAGCCUACCAGUGAAGCACAUUUUGUCAUUUUAAAAAGCCAAAAGAAUUAUAGGGAAUCUUAGUGUAAAAUUAGCAUUUUGUUCUUUAAAAUAAAUAAUUUCAAAGUAAUCCAUUGAUCUUUUUAAUUUCUAUGUCCUAGUAUAUGGGAGGCAAAAUGUGUUUGAUUUCAUCUCAUUUUUGCAUAUUAAAUUGAUGACCAAGUUUUUAAACUAUGUUAAAUGUUAAGUUCUCUUGUUCUAUUUUUGGCAAUUAAUUUUAGCAUCUUUAGUACUUAUAUAAUUUUAAGAUUGUGUGAAAGAUGAGCUGGCAUUUAUUUUUAAUGGUACAUGAUUUUAAUGUUAUGAACAGAUGACAUUUAGUUAUAUUAUCUGAAAUUGAAUUAGAAAGUGUAGAGCAGCCUUCUGAUAUAUAGCAAAAAGAAGUCUCCUAAUACUAUAUUGUGUUAAAAUGUGUGGUAUUGUUUAUUUUGAAACUGAAACUGUGAUCUUUUUUUAUUUUGUAGUUUAGUCACUUUAAUUAGCAAGAAUAAUUCUACUGUGAAUUCACUGAAAAGAUUUGUAAUUUGUUUUGUCAGGGAAGCAAAAAGAGACUGCAGUGCUUCAAAUGUUAAACUUUACAUGUUACCCUUUUAGUAGUUCAAAUACCAUUGUAUGUAUUUAGUAAGUAUUUUUUAUUUCCCUUGUUCCUUUUUGACUCUGGGAUGGCUUUGAUUUUUUUUUAAACUUAGUCAUAUCCAUUUCCAUUUACAAAAAGAUUAUAGACACAGAUAUAUUGCCUGCUUGAUGGUAUUUCUAAGUCCACUGCCAGUUUAUUUUUUUUUAAAUUUCUACACUGUAAUAGCCAGUAAGUUUAUAAUGCAUAUUAAUAUCAGUGAGACAGCUAUUUUGGCUACCACCACAUCUACUCAAAUUUUCUCCCCAUAUCAGCCACCUACCAGCUGUGUGAUCUUGGGCAAAUCAUUUAACAUCUUUGGGCCUCAAGUAUCCUCAAAUUUAAAAUAAGGUGGUUAGACAUGGAUGGCCUAAAGGCUACCUUCCAGAUCUAAAUCUGUGAUCCCGUGACUCUGCAGAACCAGGGUCUUUUUUUUGAGAAAUCUUGUAAAAUGACAGUUGGUGAGCUUGAACUUGUCAGAAGGAACAUACAGCACUAUGUGUACUAUAUACUUUGUAUGUUACUAUGAGUAAUAGCAAUGUUGGAAAUAGCUCUUGUUCUUAUGAUUUUUAAAGAUGUGUGUGGGAGGGUUGGGGAGUGGGAAAGUGGGGAGAGGCCUGAGAAGAGGAAGGUAAAGGAGGUGUGGUCCUAGAAUGAUUUCACUAGUGACUUCAUUAAUGUAGUAACCACACUAACGAACUAACAUAAGAACUUCCUGUGUAGAGUUUCCCUCUAUUUUCCCAUGGCAACUAACUUACCUGUAACUUAUACUUUAAGAAUUGCCAAUGUCACUUAUUUUAGAAGAUUUUAAAGUUAUAGUCCUCUUUUUUCCAGUUCUAUUCAGCAAACUUUAUUUUUGUUCAAUGUACUUGGCUAAUUUUCAGAAUUUGUAAGAUUUUUUAAAAAUAUUGAUGGCACAACUUCUUUCUCAGAUCUAGAUUAGCAUCUCCAAAAGAGUUCCCCUCCAAAUUUACUUUUGCUUUAAAGAGACAUGAUUUCACUGGCUUAUUUUGAAACUCCCACUCAUUUCAAAAUAAGUUUUUCAUCAGAAAAUUUAAAUUUCUUUUUAAAAAAAAUUCAGAGGUGGUAGAGUAGAGUAGAUAGACUCAUUAUAGUAGGUAGAGUCGGGACAUUUUGGUUUCAAGUACUUCCGAAUCUGACAUGUGAAACUAGGUAAACUGUUUUAUUUAGCAGUGCCUCCGACAACUCUCUAAAGCAGGAGUUCUUAACUGUGGACCCUAGGUUAAGGACCCAAACCUGUGGAUAAGUUUCAGAGGGUCCAUGAACUUGGAUGGGGAAAAAAAUUACUUAUUUUUCCUAACUUAAAUGAAAUACAGCAUUUCUUUCAGUUAUUUAAAAACAUUUUUCUGAAAAAGGAUCCAUGGACAUCACCAGACUGCCAAAGGAGUCCAUAAACACAAAAAAAUUUAAGUAUCCACAUUCUACAGGCCAUAAAUUAAUUACACAGGAGUUGCCAAGCUGCAUCAUUGGAGGGAAUUUCCAAACUAGGUGUUCUUCACACCAAAUAAAUCACAGAACUGAACCUUCCCCUUCCACCUCCCAAAAAGUUAGGGUUUGCAUUUUCCCAUUAAUAUAGCAUAAAUCUACAUAGAUUUAUUUCUGAAUUAUUAAACUAGGUCAUAUAAAGAAUUUAGUUUUGUGCAUUUGUUAGACUGUAUGAAUUUAAGUUCACCAUUGGCGGACAUUUGAUUUUAAGUAAGAGAGAAUAAUAGCCUACUAAUGUGAUUGCUGAAUUACAUAGAUAUUCCAGGUUAAUAUCUUCAUUCAAAGCUGUACAUUUUGAUCCUCUAAAAGUGUGCCAAUAUUCCUUUUUGUAAUACUUUUGUGAUUUCACUAGUGUGUGUACUCCUUAUCUUAGAUCGUACUGGUUUUAUGAAAUGCUGUUGCCAAAAAUAAUCAUCAUCUGGUUGUCAAACGUUCUAUGAUGCCCAUCUAGUCAUUGAGGUUCCUUUAUAGCCCUACUUUCAAUUUCAGGCAACCUCAUGGUUUGGUCCUUAAGUAAAAGUUCUUGGCUAGUCAUGGUCUUGAAGUCUUUCUGGCUUGGUAGGCCUUUGCGGAGUUAGUGUGCUGGCAUAUCCUUUGAGAGCUCAGGGUCACCUUGUUAUAGCAGUGGGGCUUUAGACUAGAACUGUAAACAUUAUUGUUGAAUGUACAAUACUGUCUGCUGUUUUCUUUCUUAAAUUUGUGCUACCUUUCUUCAUAUACCUAGUAAUAAAUAAGAUGCUAGAGAAUCUGUCUGUGAUAACACCAAAAAUCCCUAAGUCCACAAAAGCUUUAUUUAGUACAUAUACCUUGUACAUGUUAUAUGCUUAGUAUUUGUUGAAUCAAUUUGAUUUCUUUGAUAUAGAUCCCAUUAAAGUUUUGUGAAUGAUUUUUUUUUUCUAAUUUAA